AGAUACAAAAAGUCAUUCUGGUUUAUAUAUGAGUUAACUUGAAUUUUAUGCUAAAAUAGCCUGUCUGUGGUCUUUUAAACGCACAUUGUACACCUGCUUUAAUUAUUAGAGAAAAGGACAUACUGACCAGAAGUAAAACAAUGGCCAUGUUAAAAAUAAAGAUUAAUUUUUCCUGGGAUGCCAAUGCUGGUACUCCUUUGAUGACAAGAUGACAAGACUCCAUCCUUGGGUGCCAAGACCAAUACUGACUCACAUGUACUGGUGUGUAUUUUUUUUCUUUUUGAAUUGUUUAAGAAAUGUAAACAAUCUGUUAAAAGUUCUUUGUUCCCACAAGAUAUAAAACAAUGCUAAAAAUCCUGCUUCUCUGGAGCAGUUUCUCAGAGUGAUUUGGGAAGUUGGCUUCCGGGCUAAGUCCUCAGUUUGGCUCGAAGAAAACUUUUCUAUUCUUAUUUUAGACUGCUUACGGAUUCUUUUCCUUGACGCUGGUAGUGAUGCGUCUGGAACGCUAUGCUUCGUUACCCGAGUUGUUCUUUUCCAAGGGAGGCUGGAAUUCUUGGAAUUUUGCCUAAAGCCAUUCAGCUCUGGUUCCACCAUGAAUCAAUACCCAACAAGUUUCACUUCAACAAAUGAGAGAGGACUGAGGUAGAGAAGAGGCGUUGGCGGGUGGGUUCUGAGCCAAACCCGGGCUGCAGGUCGCCCCAGUGCGCCCCGCCCCGCCCCUGGAGAACGACCUGGUGCUUUUACCUCAGAUCAGUCGCGAGCGCCGGGUCCCGAACCUGAAGGCCGAGGACGUUGCUGAGGCGGCUCAUCCUCCGACAGCUCCCGGACCAGGAGACGCCUGACCCCGAACGGUCUCCCAGGACGCGCCACGCAGCCCGGUACAAAAUUCAGCCGCCUGCACGUCCCCUCUCAAGGUCCAGACCGCUGCUGUAGGUGGUUGGGAUGGCAGCGACUGUGGUGCUGGAGCCUGCGGGUCGCUGUCGCUGGGACGAGCCGGUGCGCAUCGCUGUGCGCGGCCUGGCUCCGGGGCAGCGGGUCACGCUGCGCGCGUCCCUGCGCGACGAGAAGGGCGCGCUCUUCAGGGCCCACGCGCGCUACUGCGCCGACGCCGACGGCCAGCUGGACCUGGCGCGCGCACCCGCGCUGGGCGGCAGCUUCGUGGGGCUUGAGCCCAUGGGGCUCCUCUGGGCUCUGGAGCCCGAAAAGCCUUUUUGGCGGUUUGUGAAGCGGGACGUGCAGACGCCCUUCGCCGUGAAGCUGGAGGUGUUCGACGGCCACGAGCCCGAGCCUCAGGCGGAGCAGCUCCUGAGCGUGGCAGUGCACGAGCGCGACUUCCUGCCGCCCGGGGUUCGGCGGGAGCCGGUGCGCGCGGGCCGGGUGCGCGCCACGCUCUUCCUACCUCCAGGACUUGGACCUUUCCCAGGGAUCAUUGACAUCUUUGGUAUGGGAGGAGGCCUGUUGGAAUAUCGGGCCAGUCUUCUAGCUGGCCAUGGCUUUGCUACCUUGGCGCUAGCUUACUGCGACUUUGAAGAUCUCCCCAAGAAAUUCGACACCAUACAUCUGGACUACUUUGAAGAAGCCCUGUGCUACAUGCUUCAACACACCCAGGUAAAGGGCCCAGGCAUUGGGCUUCUGGGAAUUUCUUUAGGGGCUGAUAUUUGUCUCUCCAUGGCCUCAUUUUUGAAGAACAUCUCAGCCACAGUUUCCAUCAAUGGAUCUGGAUUCAAUGGAAACAAACCCAUAUACUACAAGGAGACUAGCAUCCCACCAUUGGGCCAUGACCUGAGGAGAAUGAAGGUAGCUUUCUCAGGCCUCCUGGACAUUGUGGAUAUAAGGAAUGAUAUUGUGGGGGGAUAUGAGAACCCCUGCAUGAUUCCAAUAGAGAAGGCCCAGGGGCCCAUCCUCUUCAUUGUUGGUCAGGAUGACCAUAACUGGAGGAGUGAGUUAUAUGCCCAGAUAGCGUCAGAACGGUUACAGGCCCAUGGAAAGGGAAAAGCCCAGAUCAUCUCUUACCCUGGGACUGGGCAUUACAUUGAGCCUCCUUACUUCCCCAUGUGCCCAGCUUCCCUGCACAGAUUAUUGGACAAACCGGUGAUCUGGGGUGGGGAACCCAGAGCUCACUCUAAGGCCCAGAUAGAUGCCUGGAAGCAAAUUCUAACCUUCUUCUCCAAACACCUUGGAGCGUCCCCCAAAUUGUAAUGCAUUGGUCUGUUAUUUGACAAGAGAGAUUCAAGAUCAGAUUUUAGUGUUUAAUAUUUUUUCUGUGAAUCAACUAUCCCCUGGGUAACAUUAAAUUCUUGUCAUUGGUCCAUCGUUAAAAAGUCUACAAAUAAAAAAUGCUAGAGAGUGUAUGAAGAAAAGAGAACUCUCUUACAUCAUUGGUGGGAAUGUAAACUGGCACAGCCUCUACGAAAAACAGUAUGGCAGUUCCUCAAAAAACUAAAAAAAGAGUUGCCAUAUGAUCCAAUAUUCCCAUUCCUAGAUAUACACCCAGACGAAACUAUCAUUCAAAAAGAUACAUGCACC